GUCUGGACUUUACGCGAAAAAGAUAGUCCCGGAUUCUGGCGCAUUCUCCACCACAGCACGGCCAAAAUUUUGAACCUCAACUACUUGGCUGCAUCUCAAAACCGACAUUGACUACUUGUUCGAACGCAUCAAGGUUAUGCUUAUUUGACCACUCUCCUCUCUUUCCUAAUUCUUCUCUUCGUUCCUGUUUCACAGCCAUGAAUCCAGGCCUUUUUACAAAAGCAGCUAUCCCUGCGCGGCAGCUGUCCCGAGUCUCGAUAUGUCGGCAGCGCAAAGUUCCUAGCUGCGCCUAUGAACAAACGAGGUCGCACUCGGUUUCCAUAUCUCCCAGUAGACGGACUUCUCGAUCUCCUCCACGUGUCGGUCAAAGUACAGGCGCAAAAAGGGCAUUCCACGCAACAUCAAGGUCACUUGCAGCCCACAAGGACCCCUACAAAGUCCUUGGGGUGGACAAGACAGCCUCAGCAUCCGACAUCAAAAAGGCUUACUACGGCCUUGCGAAAAAGUUCCAUCCCGAUACGAACAAGGACCCGACAGCAAAAGAGAAAUUCGGCGAGAUCCAGUCGGCCUACGAGAUUCUUUCCGAUGCGACAAAACGACAACAAUAUGACCAGUUCGGAGCUGCAGGCUUCGAUCCAAACCAAGGUGGCGGUGACCCCUUUGGUGGCGGAAACCCUUUUGGCGGAGGCCAUCCUUUCUCUGGGUUUGGUGGACAGGGUGGUUUUGGGUCCCACAUAAACAUGGAGGACUUGUUUAGUGCUUUCACCGGCCAGAAGGGUCCAUUCGGUGGUGGCGGCCGCGGUGGCCGCGGUGGACGGAACCCUUUUGGGCCCCAGACUGUUGUGGGAGACAAUAUCGAGGUCCAGGCGUCUAUAUCGUUCGCGGAGGCGGCCAAGGGAACGAGCAAAACCGUAACCAUCAACCCAUUGGUUUCAUGCAAGACAUGCAAAGGAAGUGGUCUCAAAGCUGGAGCACAGCGGACCACUUGCAAAACCUGCCAGGGUACUGGCGCUCGGGUACACACCAUUAACGGCGGUUUCCAGAUCAGCUCGACCUGCACAAAGUGCUCCGGUACGGGUUCGGUCACGCCGCGUGGCUCUGACUGUGGGACAUGCCACGGCGACGGUGUGACAAGAGAGCGCACCACCAUCAAGGUCGAUAUACCCGGGGGCGUAGAGGAUGGCAUGAGGCUUCGCGUGGAUGGGGAGGGCGAUGCAGCUGCCACUGGAGGGGCGGAUCCGGAGUCCGUCCGCUCGGUGCGCGGCGACUUGUUCCUUCUGGUCCGUGUUCAGGCGGAUCCGAAAUACAAGCGGACCGGCUCUGACAUUGUAUACACGGCCACGAUCCCGCUUACCACAGCCAUCUUGGGUGGUGAAGUCAAAAUUCCGACCCUCGAUGGCGAUGUGAACGUCAAGGUCGCCACGGGAACAAACACUGGUGACAUCAUUACUCUGAGCGGAAUGGGUAUGAAGAAACUGGGCUCUCGCUACGCCGGCAAGGGCGACUUGCGGGUCGAGUUCAAGGUUGCAAUGCCCAAGUACCUCUCAGCCAACCAGAGGACUAUCGUCGAGAUGCUGGCCGAAGACAUGGGUGACAAGACAGCCAAGCGUAUCAUGAACUUCAAGAUGCCUAGUUCCGAAACAUCCAGCUCGACCAACGAUGCGGACUCCCAUCAGAACGAAGGAUUUUUGAAGUCGAUAUGGCACAACCUUACCAACCACCCAGGCCACCGCAAACCUGAAGGCUCGUCUGAAGCGCCUUCAGGAGAGAGCAACAAGUCUUCGGAAAAAGAUGAGCCCAAAAAGCAAUCGGGCUCUGGAUCAGGUUAAGCACACCGCUCAGACAAGCCAUUGAUUGAAAAAAGAAGAACCAGCAGCCGGCUUUUUGCAGGUCAACCAUAUGUAAUUCUUUGCGACUUCCCCAGAGUCGCUCUGUAAAACAACUGAAAGAGGGGCUCAUAUGAGGUGUCUCACGCUACUGACAGCUGGACACAUGCAGCUUCUCGUGCUGUGUAUACUAGAAAGAAAGAUGCUACCAACCACUUUGUACUCAUAUUGCAUAGAUAUACCACUAUUUACCGACAGUCUCGUUAUUAUAGCAAAGAAUAGACUAACUAACAGGCCUUUUUGUCUGUUAUCGCCAUA